CCUACAGAGAACUAAUCCCGAUUAUGGCAUACGGAAGCGAGUAGCAGCCUGCCUGCCCCUCAUGAUUUGUGUUGGAAACAACUAACACCAACUGUACCUAUUGGCUAUCUUUAUACGAACGGGGUUAAUCUUAGAGUCUACUAUUCUUGACUGUCUAUCUCCGUGUAGAGCUCUCAUCAGUACUUGACCGGCGAUAUGGCGCCAGCCCCUAAGAGUUCAGGGAGUAUACCCUUCAUAGUAUCUACAGACACCAAAAAGCCUGAUCCCGAAAUUCGGAAGUUCAUCCGGAGCCAUGUUAUGAUGGGUAAGAACCGCGGAAAGACUUUCCGUCCGAAAUACAACAAAACGACAGAAUCAAACAUCCCGGAAGCGUUGCAUAAUUCUAGAUCAAGACCAGGUGGGGAGGAGGGAUAUGAUGAUAACGCACCAAUCGCAUUAACCCCCGUUGUCGUCCCUAGAAGGGUCGGUGGCGAUCUAUCUUUCAUCCGGUUCGCCGACACGAUAGAGGACUCCAGCGUCGCCGUUAUCUUAGAGUUCUCCAGUAUUGCGAAGAAACUACUAUUCCCCUUAGAAUCAUGCAUCUCUUUCGACGUGAGGGAAAAGUCAGGGUGGAUGGAGGCCCUCAGUGUCGACGCCGCAUAUCUCCACGCCCUGGCUUUCUCAACACAAGCCUACUUUGACCUGAUGUCAGGCCGUACGCCAAACAAGAGGCCUACCUCGGCGUAUCCACACAUGCUCAAGACACUGCGACUCCUACGCGAAAGGUUAGAUCUUCCAGAGCAUGAUGUAGCAGUCAAAUCAUCAUUUACUACGGCUGCGGUAGUGCUGUGUCUCGCUUUCCACGCCCACAUCAUGGGCGAGCACGAAACGGCCAGACACCAUAUGUUAGGGCUUCGCAAGAUAGUCGACUUAAACGGGGGGCUAGAGGGGUUGAAAAACGAGAAGCUUGUCAUUGAACUGCUAAGGUGCGACAUGGGAAUGGCCUUACAUAACGGCACCAAACUCGUAUUCUUCUCCGAUCUGGCACGGGAGCCAUAUUGGCCAUACCCGGACUUCACGUCAUACAGUAUCACCGCCGAUCCCGAAGACGAGCCGCUUCUCGCUACCCUCGACACAGAGCUGGCCACCGCGUGGCGCACGAUGAAGCAGUUUUGCACUCUUGUCAACCACGCCGCCGCCGCCGGUCGAAAGCUGCCCAAAAGGAAUCUCCUCGAUACCAUGGCCUCGGUCAUGUACCGGCUACUACACAUGCGUUUUGCGCGAGGCUCUCCCUCCGAGGUCAUGCGCUUAGGCCUGCUAGCAUUUUGCUCCAACGUGUUCCUGCAGUGGGCCAGCGUGCGGCUGCCGUAUACGCAUUUUCCAACCACGUAUCAAGAUAAUCUUGUGAACCUAGAGCUCCCCGCUCCGGAUAACGACUAUAGUGGCACAAAUAACCUCCCCGCUCCACGACUACUUCUCUGGCUGCUAACUGUUGGCGCCAUUUCUGUGUUUGGCGUCGAUGAUGAGGCCUGGUUGAAGUACUGGCUGCGUGUCAAUCUCGAGCUAUGCGGCAUAAACUCGUGGCCUGCUAUGUGCACCGUGCUCGAUUCGUUCAUGUGGGUGGGGGUUGUGCAAGAUGCGCCCGGAAAGGCCGUCUUCGAUUCAACUAUGUCUUCAAGCUUAUGUCUGGAAUUCGAUUGA